UUUGCUCACAGGCAACAUGCAGGAGUCAGAGGCGACCGUGUGCCAGCUGCAGCCCAACAUUAUCUCCGUGCGUCUUUUCAAGAGGAAGGUCGGUGGUCUGGGUUUCUUGGUAAAGCAGAGGGUCUCCAAGCCUCCUGUCAUUGUGUCAGACCUCAUCCGCGGUGGCGCAGCAGAGGAGUGUGGACUGGUGCAGGUAGGUGACAUCGUCCUGGCCGUCAACAACAAGCCCCUGGUGGACCUUUCGUACGAAAGAGCCCUGGAGACGUUGAAGAACGUGUUGCCCGAGAGCCACGCUGUGCUCAUCCUCCGCGGUCCGGAGGGCUUCACCACCCACUUGGAAACCACCCUGUGCGGAGACGGCCGCCGCCGUACAGUGAGAGUCACGCGUCCUGCAUUCCCAACCUCAAAGUCCUUCGAGCACUGCUCCCCCCUCAGCCCAUUUAGCCCUGGGCAGCAGCAGCAGCAGGCCAAUAAGGAUCACCAACUCCGCGCCAUAGAAAAUCUGUCCUCUGCAUCCAUCACACAGUCCCUCCUGCAGCGGGGAAGCAUACAUGUUCAGGACCCCCUGCUGAUGAGGGACGGGGGCCGCGGAACACUCCUGUGCAACGGUCUGGAGCAAAACAACGAUCUGUUGAGGGAGAUUGAACCGGUGCUGCGUCUCAUCAAAAACAGCAAAAGGGAGAUCAUCGGAGAAGGCCAGAGAAAUGCUGGGAGAAGGGAUGCAGCGAUUCAAGUGGCGUGGGAACUUGGCGUGGGAAAUGGUACAUCGGCCCAGCUGGUGUCAUAUAACGACAGACUGAUGGAAAACAUGCCACAGGUGGCCAACAACACUGACAAUGGCAAGCCACCGCAGCAGGGCAGCAUCUCCCCCACGAAGACACAACAGAAUGGCAGUCCUUCCAAAUGUCCACGGUUCAUGAAGAUAAAGAACUGGGAGACUGGCACCAUGUUAAAUGACACACUUUAUCACAACUCCGUAAAGGUGCAAGUCUGCCCAGAAAAUGCAUGCCUGGGAUCGGUGAUGAUGCCGAACCAUCUCGUACGCAAACCAGAUGACCUCAGAACCAAAGAGGAGCGACUCACGCUGGCCAUAGACUUCAUAGACCAGUACUACUCCUCCAUCAAGAGACAUAGCUCAAAGGCUCACAUAGACAGACUGGAGGAGGUGACCAAGGACAUCGAGACUACAGGAACGUACCAGCUAAAGGACACUGAACUGAUUUAUGGAGCCAAACAUGGCUGGAGAAAUGCUGCCCGGUGUGUAGGAAGGAUCCAGUGGUCCAAGCUACAGGUGUUUGAUGCUAGAGACUGCACAACAGCUCAUGGAAUGUACAACUACAUCUGUAACCAUAUCAAAUAUGCAACCAACAAAGGCAACCUGAGAUCAGCCAUUACAAUAUUUCCACAGAGGACAGAUGGCAAACAUGAUUUUCGAGUUUGGAACUCUCAGCUGAUUCGCUAUGCGGGCUACAAACAGCCUGAUGGAAGAAUUCUGGGCGACCCUGCCAACGUUGAAUUUACAGAGAUCUGCCUACAGCUGGGAUGGAAACCCCCAAAGACACGUUUUGAUGUCCUGCCUCUACUGCUGCAAGCCAAUGGGAAUGACCCUGAACUGUUCGAAAUACCUGAAGAUCUCAUCCUGGAGGUGCCCAUCACACACCCAAAGUUUGAGUGGUUCAAAGACCUGGACCUGAAAUGGUACAGUCUGCCUGCCGUUUCCAACAUGAUGCUCGAUAUUGGUGGCCUGGAGUUCACUGGCUGCCCCUUCAGUGGGUGGUACAUGGGCACAGAGAUCGGUGUGAGGGAUUUUUGUGACAGCUCACGCUACAACAUUCUGGAGGAUGUUGCUAUCAAAAUGGACCUGGACACAAGGAAAACGUCCUCCCUUUGGAAAGACCAGGCGCUUGUAGAGAUAAACAUUGCCGUUCUCCACAGUUUCCAGUCCUGCAAAGUGACCAUAGUCGACCAUCACUCAGCCACAGAGUCUUUCAUGAAGCACAUGGAGAACGAGUACCGUGUGCGUGGUGGCUGUCCUGGAGAUUGGGUGUGGAUUGUUCCUUCCAUGUCAGGAAGUAUCACACCUGUGUUCCACCAAGAAAUGCUCAACUACCACCUCACACCUUCCUUUGAGUACCAGCCUGAUGCUUGGCAUACCCACGUGUGGAAGGGAGUCAAUGGGACUCCCACCAAGAAAAGAGCUAUUGGAUUCAAGAAGCUCGCCAAAGCUGUGAAGUUUUCAGCCAAACUCAUGGGCCACGCAAUGGCCAAGAGGGUGAAGGCCACCAUACUUUAUGCCACAGAGACGGGGAAAUCACAAGAUUACGCCAACACGCUGUGUGAAAUCUUCAAGCACGCGUUUGACCCUAAGGUCAUGUCAAUGGACGACUAUGACGUGGUCCACCUGGAGCAUGAGACCCUGGUGUUGGUGGUCACCAGCACAUUUGGGAACGGUGAUCCGCCCGAAAAUGGAGAGAAAUUUGGAGGGGCUUUAAUGGAGAUGCGACAUCCAACAACAAACAGCACAGAAGAUAGGAAGAGCUACAAGAUCCGGUUCAACAGCGUGUCGUCCUAUUCAGACACCCGCAAGUCUUCAAGUGAUGAACCAGAGGCCAGAACAAACUUUGAAAGCACUGGACCACUUGCUAAUGUCCGGUUCUCAGUGUUUGGCCUUGGCUCCAGGGCCUACCCACACUUCUGCGCCUUUGCGCACGCUGUGGACACGCUGUUUGAAGAGCUGGGGGGAGAACGCAUCCUACGCAUGGGCGAAGGAGAUGAGCUGUGUGGUCAAGAGGAGUCUUUUAGAACAUGGGCCAAGAAGGUUUUCAAGGCUGCCUGCGACGUCUUUUGUGUUGGCGAUGACGUCAACAUUGAGAAAGCCAAUGACUCUUUGAUUAGCAAUGAUCGCAGCUGGAAGAAAAGCAAGUUCCGCUUGACGUACACAGCAGAGGCACCGGUGCUUACACAAGCAUUACACGUAAUUCACAAGAAGAGAGUUUAUGCAGCAAAGAUGCUGGAAUCACAAAAUCUACAAAGUUCCAAAUCUAAUCGCUCUACCAUAUUUGUGCGACUGCACACAAACAACCACGACAAGCUUAGCUACCAGCCCGGCGACCAUCUGGGCAUCUUUCCCGGCAACAACGAGGACCUGGUUAUGAAUCUCAUAGAUAAAUUGGAGGAUGCUCCACCUGUCAAUCAGCUAAUCAAAGUUGAGUUCCUGGAGCAAAGGAAUACGGCACUGGGUGUGAUCAGUAACUGGACGAAAGAAUCUCGUAUUCCUCCCUGCACCAUCGACCAAGCCUUCCAGUACUUCCUGGACAUCACCACCCCACCAAGCCCUGUGCUCCUGCAGCAAUUUGCUGCUCUGGCAACUAAUGAUAAAGAGAAGAAGAAACUAGAGGUCCUCAGUAAGGGUUUGCAGGAAUACGAGGAGUGGAAGUGGUACAACAACCCAACCCUGGUGGAGGUGAUGGAGGAGUUUCCCUCCAUCCAGAUGCCGUCCACUCUGCUGUUGACCCAGCUGCCUCUGCUACAGCCUCGCUAUUAUUCAAUCAGCUCUUCUCCUGACCUACACCCAGGAGAGAUUCACCUCACGGUCGCUGUAGUUUCCUAUCGAGCCAAAGAUGGCGCUGGACCUCUCCACCAUGGAGUGUGCUCUUCGUGGCUCAACAGGAUAGAGAAAGGAGAGAUGGUGCCGUGUUUUGUCCGAAGUGCCCCAUCCUUCCAGCUUCCCAAAGACAAGCAGGCUCCUUGUAUCCUGAUUGGUCCAGGAACGGGUAUCGCCCCAUUCAGAAGCUUCUGGCAACAAAGACUGUUUGAACGUGAGCACAAAGAGGUUGAGUCCUGCCCAAUGGUACUGGUGUUUGGUUGUCGGCAGUCGGAAAUGGACCACAUAUACCAGCAGGAGACCAUUCAGGCCAAAAACAAAGGAGUGUUCAAGGAGCUCUAUACAGCAUAUUCCAGAGAACCUGGCAAACCAAAGAAAUAUGUACAGGAUGUGCUGCGUGAGCAGCUGUCAGAGAUAGUGUACCAGUAUCUGCGGGAGGAGGGAGGACACAUCUACGUGUGCGGGGAUGUUACGAUGGCAGGAGACGUCCUCAAGACCGUGCAGCAAAUUGUCAAGCAGCAGGGCAACAUGACUCUGGAAGACGCAGGAUUUUUCAUCAGCAAGCUACGUGAUGAAAAUCGAUACCACGAGGACAUCUUCGGCGUCACGCUGCGCACGUACGAGGUCACAAAUAGGUUGCGUUCAGAAUCCAUUGCCUACAUUGAGGAAAACAAAAAGGACUCGGACGAGGUUUUCUGCAUGUGAGUCAAUUGACUGGAGGCUUUCCGUCAACAGCCUGUCUGGAGGCUUCGUCAGCACUGGUUAAAGAAUACUGUGCCAAUUUUUGUACUGGGAAAUGUGUUUUCUUUUUUUUCUAUAUCUAUAACAAGAUUUCUGUUGGCUCUGCAAUUUUGUCUGUAGCAACAAAUAUAUAUACAUGAAAAUGUUCUGUUCUUUAAGAAUCGGUUUUGCUUGUUCAUAGCACCAAAAAUUAUAAAAAAUUAAUCAUUUCUAUUAUAACGUGUAAACCUAGUAUUAAUGGCCUGCCUCAUUGUGGAUGCAUGACCAAGACCAAGAAUAUACUUAACAAAUAUAUCAUGCUAUGUGUUAUUGUUACCGUAAAAAAAAAAAGGAUUUUAUUGUGUUUUAUAUUAUUGCAAAGGAAUAUUCAGAUGUUUAUUGUGAGUUCAGUUGACUUCAUAUUUCUGAAAAGAAUCCUACCUGGUUACGUGUAUUUGGGCUGUUGUGCUUUUUUUUCUCCUUUUUUAUUGAAGGCUGUAGAUUCAUAAAAGGUGGAACAUAUAAAGGAUAAAGAAUAAGACAAUAUAAUAACACCCUAAACUAGUGUUUCCCAAACUUGACCCAAGUCAAUACACAUUAUUCAUAAACUCCUGGGAGACAUAAUGCGAGAGGACCCAAAAAAAUAUCUUGCGACCCACCCUAGGGUCAUGACCCAGUCUUUGGGAAACAAUGCCCUAAAUUGUCGGUGUUUUGACGCAACAAUGAGCCCAGUUACUUGAAAUGAUGCUACACUUGCUAAAAGAAAAUCAAAUCAAAACAAGAGUUUGUAGUUUGAUGAUAUAAAUUCAAACAUCAUCAACAUACAGAAACACUUUUUGGUAUUAAAGACGCCCCCACCAAAGGUUUUCAAGCAAAGCUAGGCACUGGGUGAUUACAUUCUUUUUGUGAAGUUAAAGUUAGAGCACUGACUUGGCAGAAAAUGACGAAGAACUCAGAACCAUCAUCUUACAACGUGUCUUUAAUGUGCUUGAACUUUGAGCCACAGAGAGUAGAUAAAAGGCGAAAAACUAGCAUAUGCAUAUAUACUGAUAUAUACACAUAUAUACUGAUUCGGUGUCAUUAACAUAAUCUGUGGUUCAUCUCAUCUGGUUUUUCAGACUGUUUCAUGCAAAGAUGAGCCAAUAAGUCAAUACGUUUUUUCUCUCCAGGCGGAAGCCCAUCUACAUAAGCCAAUAAGUACUGAAACAACAAGAAUGUUUUCCUAGUGAAUUAAGUUCUAGCUUUUUAUUUUGACUUUGGAAAAAAAUGGGAAAAAAAGACUUUGUGAUAUAUUAUAAUGUCGACGAAAUCUACAAAAUAUAGAGGACUGUUUGGACCAUCAUAUCCAAAUACCCUCUGACCCAACUCUUGGUAUUGAGGCUAGGGCAGGUAUCACUUUAAAAGAAGCUAUAUUUAGCUAAUAGAAAUAUGUUGCUGAGGUAAAACGUUGAUUUCUUUGUCAUUUUGUCCAGUAAUAAACUAUUCGAGACUAUAGACACAUUUACAACAAUGACUCUUAUUGCAUUUUUAAAAGUGUAUCAACAUUUUUAGUGCUGGGUUUUAUUGAUGGUGACUUUUUAUUUUUUCACACUCUUCACAAGUCAAGUCCACCAAGGGUUCAUUUGAGAGUACUGCUAUCACAUACAGGUUAUGCACUGUCGGCUUUGUGCCAGGUUCCUCCAUGGUUCCUGUUCAUUGUUUCUCAAAAUUAUAAUCCCAUGCGUCUCAUCUACAUCUCGAAACUCACCUCCAGAUUCUUAAAGGUAAAUAACACGUUAUUGCCGCACCGUCAAUGCCCAUGUGGUCUUCUAGUCUGUACAGUGAACAGGACUGUUCGCUGACCAAAGACCAAACACUGAAUGAAACCAAAGUUUAUACAAAAAGAGCAGGUAUUCUGCACAUGCUUUUCAUGGCUGGGAGCAGAACAGUACCAGUAUGUAUAAGUACUCUCUUGCAUAUAUGGGUCUUUGGCCACAAGACUGGACAAAAAUCUGUUGUCAUGUCUGGGACCAACACACUAACGAUGCAGGGUGGAAUUUGCAGUGUUGCAUUAAUUAAAUAAAACUGUGUGGUGGGAGUGGAUUUGUUUUAAAUCCUUUAAUUAGAAGCAUUGAAAUUAAUCCCAAAUAAACUCAUUUAUGUUAAUCAAUACAGUAAUAUUUGACUCAAUUAGAAACGCAUUUUAAUCCAGUAUAUUUGGUCUCUGUCAGAUACGUUGAUUUAAUAAUUAAAUCAUGUUAUAAAAUGUAUCGGCUAUUAUUUCAACAUUCUUUCUAACAUUAGCUAACAUUAUCUCUGGUUUCUGGACCAUGUCUGUUGAGGUUGACAUUACCUCUGAUAAUAGCUAACAUCAGCUCUAACGUUAACUAAUAUUAGCUCUGGUGUCUGUUCCAGGGCGGUUGUAGCUAACAUUAGCUACAGUAUCUUUACCAGGACGGUUGUAGCUACUGUUGGCCCUGGUGUCUUUACCACUGUAAUGAAAUUAAUAUUUAUGUAAAAAUGCGUAGUGUAAAUUUUGUACUCGUGCUCAUAGCAGCAUGUUUUUAUUGACUGCUUAUCAGAGGCUAACAGUUAAUCGCUGAGGUGAUAAGAAGUAUUUUACUUUUUAUUUUAGUUUGAACACGGGUGAAAUUUGGUGAUGACAACUACGCAAUGUCUGUAAUUUAUUUAUCAAUAUUAAGGGUUAAAGUCCCAGCUCGGAAACAUAUGCUGUGUAACAAUAAAAUAUUACAUUUGCGGCUAAACAA